AUGUAUAGCGAUUCCGAGAUUAGUACAGACCACAUGCGAAGAAUCGUAUCACGCUCGAGCUCGCCGUACCACAAUCAAGUGAAAUGGAGAGACGUGGCUAGUUCUAUAAUGAAGAAAAGAAAAUCGCCACCGAAUUUUCAAGAUCUAACGGAAUUCCUUGGUGAUCGGGCUCGUGCAGAAAACGACCCAAUUUACGGACGUUUGAGAGAUCCUACAAAGGACAGACGACCGAAACAGACGCGAGAAGAAAAUAAGUCAAAAUAUGAACAUGUUUCAAGUUUCGCGACUCAAUUUGGAUCCAAUCGUUACCCAUCUAGCAAAGAAUGUCCUGUUUGUAAGCAGAGUCACAAGUUCGAGACGUGCAAGAUUUUCCUUGAGAAGCCUGUCGCAGAAAGAAGGAAACUCGUCCUAAGUGCUAAGCUAUGUUUCCAAUGUCUGUCGGGCAAUCAUUUUAAGAGGUUUUGUAAAAGUUCAAAAUGCUCGGUAAAGGACUGCGACAGAAAACACCAUGAGCUCUUGCACUUAGCAAAUACAAAUGAUAUACCAAAGACUCGUGGAGGACAAUCACCACACAGCGCAACCAAAUGUGACGCCGAAGUCCAAACUUACACUUCCUGUCUAAUUCCAAGUGGAUACAGAGGUGCGACAGCGCUACACGUAGUCGCGGUUAAAGUUUAUGGAGACGAUGGUUCGUGGAAUUACAACGUAUCCCCUGUUGGAUCAAGCCAGUGA